CUGAGCGCUGUUAAUCCGUAAAAUCACAGAAAAUAAAACGUUGGAAGUCAAACGUCUUAAACAUGGAAGCUACUACUCCAGAUUUCAUAUACCCUGAAUUGGUGACUCCCUGCCCAGAAAACAUGCAGAAUAUGAACAGCACGGUUUUGGUCUUAGUUUACGCCAUAGUCUUCUGUCUGAGCUUGCCAGGCAACAUGGUGGUGAUAUUCGUGGUGAGUUGCAUGGAGAACCGCAGGACGUCAACUGACGUUUACCUGAUGCACCUGGCCAUCGCCGACCUGCUCUUUUCUUUGACACUCCCAUUCUGGGCUACAUACCUUCACGUCGGCCACUGGAUGUUUGGCACAGUUAUGUGCAAAGUGAUUUCAGGCUUGCAGGAAGUUACAUUUUACUGCUGCGUCUUUCUUCUGGCAUGUAUUAGUAUCGAUCGCUACCUGGCCAUCGUGAAAGCAACCCAAUUUCUCACCCAAAAACAGCAUCUGGUGGGAAAAGUGUGUGCGAUGGUGUGGCUAUGUGCCUUUUUGUUGUCCCUGCCCAUUAUGAUGAAUCGUGAGGCCUUUGAGUCCAGUUAUAUGGAGGAAUAUGUAUGCCAUGACAAUUUGACCGCGGAAAACAUGGACAGCUGGAGAGUGAGUUGGCGGGUUCUCCACCACACUUUGGGAUUCUUCCUGCCAUUGGCCGUCAUGAUGUUCUGCUAUGGUUUCACCAUCUGCACGCUUUGCCGCUCGCGAGCCAGCCAAAAGCAGAAGGCCAUGCGGGUCAUCCUAUUCGUCGUGUUGGCUUUUAUUGUCUGCUGGCUGCCCAAUAAUAUCCUAGAGUUAAUAGACAGCCUGAUGCGAGGCGGCCAGGUGAUGGAAACGUGUAAGCUGAGAGACCAUAUAGACGUAGCCUUGUACGUCACGCAGGCAUUGGCUUUCGCCCACUGUGCGAUAAACCCCAUCUUGUAUGCCUUCAUUGGAAAGAAAUUCCGCAACCAGCUCUUGACGUCUCUCUUUAAGAAAGGCCUGUUAAGGAGAAACACAAUGUCGAAAUAUCGAGUGGGAUCUGUUUAUAGCUCUGGAAGCACUAGGCAGAUGUCAGUGACUCUGUAG